AUGUCAAUAACACUAUAUUUUAAUCCUUACUCUCAUAGAUGUUUAUCUGUUAAGACAGUCCUAUAGUUAACAAAGAGCGAUUUCAAUGAGAAAGUCAUUGAUGUUCUUAAAGGGGAAAAUCUCAAGCACGCUUUUACUAAUAUCAACCCUAAUCAGACUGUGCCAGCCAUUACUGAAGGGUUUUUCAGUUUAUUUGAAAGUCAUGCAAUAAUAAAAUACAUUUGCAUAAACAAGCCUAACUUUGGAUUAUAUCCUAAUGUAAAAAAAACUUAUAUAUAUCAAUAAGACUUUAUAAAAUUAAGCUUUAGUUGAUUCAUAUUUAGAUUGGCAUCAAAAUGAGUUUACUAAACUUUUAGACUAUUCUAAAGAGUUUUAUUUGAAACCAUUGUUGAAAGGGGACAGAGUUCCCGAAAAUAGAGUUUAGAGAUUGGUUGACGUAGAAGAGGUAUUACAUUUUUUUAUCAAAACUUUCCUAAACAAUGGCCAAUAUAAUUAUAUUUUUGACUAACCCAACUUUACAAUUGCAGAUAUAAGGUAAACAGUUGUAUAUUCUUUAAGAGCAGUGUGUGAUUUGACUUCACUUUUUAUUUGUAAUUUUGAUUUUGAAAAGUUCCCUGUUUUAGAACAAUAUAUUAUGAGAAUUUUUAAAAUACCAGAAUUAUACAUAUCACAUUAGGAUUAUUUUAAUUUAAUAUCGAAACAAAAAUUUAAAAAUCAGUUCAUUUAAUCAAUAUUGACUAGAUAACCUAAAUAAGAAUAAAUUACUCUAUAUUUUCAUCCACUUUCAUCGCCAUCAAGAGCAGUGAGAUCGUUAUUUUUAUUGGCUAAAAUUGAGUAUAAUGAAAAAGUUAUAGAUAUUCUGAAAUCCGAAAAUAAAUUCGAUAGCUAUUCUCAAAUAAAUCCAAAUUAGACAGUUCCGUCCAUCAAAUAAGGCGCUUUUACACUCUUUGAAAGUCAUGCAAUUUUAAAAUAUAUAUGUGAAUAAUAUAGACUGUUAAGUUUUUAUCCUUUAGAAAACUUAAAACUUAAGGCUUAGAUAGAUAGUUAUUUGGACUUUCAUCUUAAUGAAAUGAGAAAAAUUACAGAAUAUGUAAUGUGCGUUUAAAAAAACCAGAAUGAACAGGAAUCAAUAGCAAAAAAGCAAAGUAUAGAUUAGUUGUUAUAAUUUUUUGUUAAAGUUUUUCUCAAUGGAGGAAAAUAUAAGUAUAUCUAUAAUCACAAAUCUAUCUCAAUAGCAGAUUUAAGGUACAUCUUAUCAAUUAUUUUAGUGCUGUCAAUGAAAUUCUAUAUUUAGUAAUGGCAAAUUAUGAAUAUAAUAGUGUACCUCAAAUUUAAAAAUAUAUAAUGAACAUUCUCGAUAAUUAGAAUGUGAAGUAGUCUAACAAAGAAUAUUUUUCAUCAAUAAGCAGCAAUUAACAUCAUAAUUUUAAUUAAUUCAAUAAGCAGCUAAUAGCAUCUUAAAAAAAAAGGGCANUUAACAAAGAGCGAUUUCAAUGAGAAAGUCAUUGAUGUUCUUAAAGGGGAAAAUCUCAAGCACGCUUUUACUAAUAUCAACCCUAAUCAGACUGUGCCAGCCAUUACUGAAGGGUUUUUCAGUUUAUUUGAAAGUCAUGCAAUAAUAAAAUACAUUUGCAUAAACAAGCCUAACUUUGGAUUAUAUCCUAAUGUAAAAAAAACUUAUAUAUAUCAAUAAGACUUUAUAAAAUUAAGCUUUAGUUGAUUCAUAUUUAGAUUGGCAUCAAAAUGAGUUUACUAAACUUUUAGACUAUUCUAAAGAGUUUUAUUUGAAACCAUUGUUGAAAGGGGACAGAGUUCCCGAAAAUAGAGUUUAGAGAUUGGUUGACGUAGAAGAGGUAUUACAUUUUUUUAUCAAAACUUUCCUAAACAAUGGCCAAUAUAAUUAUAUUUUUGACUAACCCAACUUUACAAUUGCAGAUAUAAGGUAAACAGUUGUAUAUUCUUUAAGAGCAGUGUGUGAUUUGACUUCACUUUUUAUUUGUAAUUUUGAUUUUGAAAAGUUCCCUGUUUUAGAACAAUAUAUUAUGAGAAUUUUUAAAAUACCAGAAUUAUACAUAUCACAUUAGGAUUAUUUUAAUUUAAUAUCGAAACAAAAAUUUAAAAAUCAGUUCAUUUAAUCAAUAUUGACUAGAUAACCUAAAUAAGAAUAAAUUACUCUAUAUUUUCAUCCACUUUCAUCGCCAUCAAGAGCAGUGAGAUCGUUAUUUUUAUUGGCUAAAAUUGAGUAUAAUGAAAAAGUUAUAGAUAUUCUGAAAUCCGAAAAUAAAUUCGAUAGCUAUUCUCAAAUAAAUCCAAAUUAGACAGUUCCGUCCAUCAAAUAAGGCGCUUUUACACUCUUUGAAAGUCAUGCAAUUUUAAAAUAUAUAUGUGAAUAAUAUAGACUGUUAAGUUUUUAUCCUUUAGAAAACUUAAAACUUAAGGCUUAGAUAGAUAGUUAUUUGGACUUUCAUCUUAAUGAAAUGAGAAAAAUUACAGAAUAUGUAAUGUGCGUUUAAAAAAACCAGAAUGAACAGGAAUCAAUAGCAAAAAAGCAAAGUAUAGAUUAGUUGUUAUAAUUUUUUGUUAAAGUUUUUCUCAAUGGAGGAAAAUAUAAGUAUAUCUAUAAUCACAAAUCUAUCUCAAUAGCAGAUUUAAGGUACAUCUUAUCAAUUAUUUUAGUGCUGUCAAUGAAAUUCUAUAUUUAGUAAUGGCAAAUUAUGAAUAUAAUAGUGUACCUCAAAUUUAAAAAUAUAUAAUGAACAUUCUCGAUAAUUAGAAUGUGAAGUAGUCUAACAAAGAAUAUUUUUCAUCAAUAAGCAGCAAUUAACAUCAUAAUUUUAAUUAAUUCAAUAAGCAGCUAAUAGCAUCUUAAAAAAAAAGGGCAUGUUGUUGA